AUGAGUAAAAUAAAUGAGAGCUUCCCACAAGAGUUCAUCCUCCUAGGUUUCCCAGACAGACCACGGCUAGAACUUCCAUUCUUUGGGGUGUUCCUGGUUUACUAUAUCUUGAUCCUCUUUGGCAAUUCGGCAGUAAUUCUUGUGUCAUGUUUGGAUUCCAAAGUCCAUACCCCCAUGUAAUUUUUUCUGACCAAUCUCUCACUCCUGGACCUUUGCUACACUACAAGUGCAGUUCCACAAAUACUGGUUAACAUAUGCAGCACCAGGAAGGUAAUUAGUUAUCAUGGCUGUAUGACCCAGCUUUAAAUUUUCCUGGCUUUGGGUUCCACUGACUGUUUUCUCUUGGCUGUUAUGUCCUUUGAUAGGUUUAUAGCUAUUUGUCAGCCUCUCCAUUACUCAGUUACCAUGCGCCAAAGGCUCUGCCUCUAGUUGGCAGCUGCAUCCUGGGUUAGUGGCUUCAGCAACUCAAUAUUGCAGUCUACCCUGACCCGUCGGAUGUCACUCUGUGGCCAUAAAGAAGUGGAUCACUUAUUCUGUGCACUCCCUGCUCUGCUGAAGUUGUCGUGUAGAGAUACAAGAGCAAAUGAUGCUGAACUGUUCUUUAUCAGUGUGCUAUUUCUUCUAAUACCCCUGACACUCAUUCAAAUAUCAUAUGCUUUUAUUGUCCAAGCAGUGUUGAAAAUACAGUCAGCUGAAGGUUGGUGGAAGGCAUUUGGAACAUGUGGCUCCCAUCUAACUGUGGUGUUUCUAUUUUAUGGCACUGCUAUCUAUAUGUAUCUACAGCCACCAUUCCCUACCUCCAAGGAUCAGGGAAAGAUGGUGUCCCUUUUUUAUGGAAUCAUCACACCCAUGUUAAACCCUCUUAUAUACAUACUUUGAAACAAAGAUGUAAAGGGAGCAUUUAUGAGGUUGAUUGCAAAGGUCUUCUUAAUCAAGAAAUAA